ACAUCAGCCCUGUUGGAUAGUGAUUCCCUAAAUUGUAAGAUGUCAGGGGCAGGUGAUGGAGUCCAUGUUAUUAGUGGAAUGGAUGGAGAGUCAGAUGAAGAUUUUGAAGUAUCAACCAUAAUGUCAAAACCAGAACAAAGUUCAAAGCCAGUGAUGUCUCAGCAAGGCAUUGUCGUGUCUGGUGAAGCACCAGAAUCAGAUGAAGAAGAGAGAACUAGUCCAGUGAUAGAAGAAACUUCUGAUUUAGCUUUAUCGAAACAUCGAAGAACAAGGCACCUUUUAAAGGAUGAUAGUGAUACGAGUGAUAUAUCAUCAACUAAAUCAGAUGAUUGCUUGAAGUAUAACACAUUAUUGCAUAAGAAGCUCAGAGAGAGAAAUAUCAGCAUGCAGAAACAUGUUGAACAGUUGAUUUAUUUGCCUUAUGAGUCAGCAGGUAGAGAGAUCAACAGCAUCACACAACAGUUGUUAAAAUCCCAGGAUCUUGUUCAGGAGCUGGCAUCUUCCAUGCGUAAGGUGACUAAUGAUUUGUUCCAGUUAGAAGACAGGCUUGAUGCAGUGCUACAGGAUACCUGUUUACCAGAUUUUCGGUUUACAUUGGUUCCUGCAGUAUAAAAAAAGUUGAAAUGGGGUUCACAUGUUUUGUUUUUCAAAAGCUGCAAUCCUUCUAAGAACUGAUUGUUUCAUUUUCAAACAACAAAUUCAAGUUAUGCAUGAUUGAUAGACCACAUUCUAUUAGAACUAAAUAGUAUUAUCAUUUAUGUAACUCUAAAAAUAUAUCUUAGUUAUGUUCUAAAAUUGAAAUAUUUCUAUAUAUUAUCUAAAUUAUAAAUGUAACAAAUUGAAAAGUUAAGGUUUGCUACAGUAUUAGGUUUGUCACACAAGUCAUCUGUCUUGAGGUAAAGUUGAGUUUAUUACCAAACUCCAAUAUAAUUAUGAGUUUCAUAAUUAAAAUACUUUGGCUUCCACUUCCAUCAUAAGUCGUGUGUUUAACAGUUCUCUAACAUCAUUCGUGUUUGAACAGCUGUAUCAAAGUGAUCAUGUUUAUUUAAAAGUUUCAUUCAACUCACAACUCAACUUCCUUUUAAAACCAGAAAGUUUACAAUUUGAUCCUCAUUAAAAGUGAUCAACCCUAACAUACUUGUAGGCGAGUCUAAGUUGCCAAAUAUGAUAAGAUAAGGAAACGAUAUGAAAUAGCUUUGCACAAGGUUUUAUGUUACGGUUUUAUUUUAUCUUAAAAAAUCUGAUUUUAUUUCCAUAUGCUUCUUUUUGAGAUAAAAGACAUUUUUAUGUAUUAUAGUAGUUGCCAAAAAUUUGUUGUGUUGUCUUUCUAAUUGUAAAUUGGAAACAAUAUUGUUGAUGUUGCCAACUACAAAAGUAAGUCAUUUUUUUAUGAAAAGCAUGAAAAAAUAUAGAUUAUUACAUAUGCUUAUCCAUAUGUAUAACUUUAUGUAGAAUUGUAUGGUUUGAACUUUGCUAGCUUUUGUCAAAUCAUCAACUGAUUUCUGAAGGUAAAUACUAAUAUGUUAAUAUUGUAUCUGUACUGUUUACCAGAUGUGCUCUCAUUACAUAACUACACAACUUCUCACUUCCAUUUCUAAACAAACAACAAUUUUAGUACCUUAAGGGUUUACAUCAGAAUAUGAAAUUGAAUUGCUACACACAUGUUGCUUUUAUCUCUGGUAUAACACCAACAAACAUGUCAAUUUUCUUAUCACACCAGUACACAUGCAUCAUUUACUUCUAGUAUCACACUAGUAUAUAUAUACACACA